UGGACCGUCCAUGGACGGCGGGCCAUUUUUCCACCCUUAGUCGAAGGAAACCUCCUCUGCUGAAACUAGCUAGCUCCCCACUGUAAAUGAGGUGCAUGUUUGUAAACUUUCCUCCAUCCCCAGAGCAAGAAGAAAAAGGCAAACAACAACACUCUCUCAAGAUCCAGUCUUUGAUUUUCCCAGAAAUCUCACAAAUUUUCCGGGAAAACCCCAAACUUUCCUUCAUCUCCUCUCUCAUUUUCCAUGGCAAAUGCCUGGAAAAGAGAUCGACCCGGAAAGCUCCUCUCCCCCAAACCCCUUCUUCUCCUCCUCCUUCUCGCCACCUCUCUUCUCCUCAUCACCUUCUUCUUCCUCGCAUCUGGCACCUCAAAUCCUAACCCUAAUCUCACCUUCAAAACCCUAGCUCUCCACCCAACAAUCCAACCCUUCGAUUGCUACACCUGCCCACAGGCCCACCCCAUCAUCGCCAAUGUUGUUGAGGGUCUCAAACACCCGUUUCUCUACUCUCUCUCGGAUUUCGGAACCCUACCCGACAAGCCCCACAAGAACAUUGCUCGGAUCCUGAAAGGCAAACUAUUUAGGCGACCCGACAUCUCGGUGACCAUUCAGGACGUGUUGGAGAAGAUGAGGGGUGAGGGAAAGAAUGGGAUUUUUGUGGAUGUUGGGGCCAAUGUGGGUAUGGCCACUUUCGCUGCGGCGGUGAUGGGGUUUAGGGUUUUAUCGUUGGAGCCGGUGUUUGAGAAUUUGCAGAGGAUUUGUGAAGGGGUGUACUUCAACCGGGUUGGGGAUUUGGUCACGGCGUUUGAGGCUGCCGCAUCGGACCAGCUUGGAAAUAUAACAUUUCACAAGGUAUUUGAUUCAUUUCAAUUGUUUCAGUUCAAUUAUGGGUUUGAAUUUGUAAAUUUGUACUUUCUUGUUGAAGUUUCAUAACCUGUAAUGUGCAUCAUGUAUGACAAGUAAUAAUAAUUUUGAUACAGC